AUGACGACAAUCUCGACCAAGGACCUGGAUGCCAAGCUACGAGUGCUACGGGAGAAGACGCUGGAGGAGGAAGGACACUGGCUGGAGCAAGGCAGCAAACUGUACGAGUACGAGGACAAGCUUCUGCGUGAUACACUGCUUGAGGGAAACAUUCUUAUGGGUUGGGGAGAGCCUCGCACAGCGCCCGUGCGAUUCCGUAACGCUAGAGUCCGGAAGCGCAAACGUGACCGACUGGAGAUGACAGCGGAACGUUCUGAAGAGCAUACGGGGUCCUUGAUACCCACAAUUUCUACUGAAGAGCAGCUUAAGGUAGAUCGUCAUCGUCUGGCCUCCUAUUCGUCCGUUCAGUCACCUGCUGAGCCACUAUACGCGACGCUGAAAGAGCGUGGACGGAAGUUGGUGGAAGCCAAGAACAAGAAGCUAAAGAGACCAGUUGCUAAGUAG